CUCAACUUUUCUGCCGAAAAAUUGCUUUAAAACCUAAUUAAUCCCACUUUGUAUUCUAAAAAAUUGUUGAGGCUAACUAAAAGCCCUUAGAUUUAGUUGCAAAACAAAAGCUAAUAAAACCGUAUCAAAAACAUUUCGGUGACAAAAAUUAUCGAAAAUAAAUUUAUGAAAUACAAAAUCUAAAACUAUAACAAUCAGCCCUAUGACCUGAAUUGUCUGACUAAAUUACGCAUACGUUCUUGAAAAUUAGUGUCUGCCUCUUGUUAUUUGUGUGAGAAACCUAACAAAUGUAAAAUAAGCAUUAAAAAUGUACGAUGGACUCACCCGAACCGGUUAAGACGCAUUAUGUGCGUUGUUUGAAAUGCAACAAAAUUCUCGAGUGUUCACGCUACGACACCAACGCGUUACUCGAACACAUUCGCACCGAUCAUCCCGAAAUAGAAAUCAUUGAAAACGGUAAAAAGGAUAUGCCACGUAACGGUCAAAAGUCGAUGCGCGAAGCAGCUGGCAACAUCGUCGUGCCGCACGAGACGCUCGCCGAUAAGGCACCUACCAUGUUUGAACGCGGAGCCGCCAAAGGCUCGGAUGAAUAUGACGACUUCAAGCCAGGUUCCACAUCUUCGCGUGAGCGCAUGCGCAUACGCUCGCAACGCGGUCUCUUUAAAAUGCCAGUUGAUAAUACAGUCCAACGUGAUAUAUCCGAUUGUGAUGUGCGCGCCGAUCAGAGUAAUGCCACAAGCCAUGCCUAUACACGUCGCUACACGGUGCAUACGCCCUCUUCGCCGACAUACAACGAGAAGCCCAGUCGCAGCCUCUAUCGCACUUCGAUUGAAAAGUGGCGCCCGGCCAACGGUACCAUCUAUUGUCCCAAAUGCGGCGCCAAUCGACGUCCGCUCAUACGCACACAAACCGAACGCAGCUCGAACAAUUCCUGCUGCGCCGCCUGCAUACUCGGUUGUUGGCCCUUCUGCUUUUUGCCCUUUUUGCUACCCAACGACAAUAAGGAGUAUCUGCAUUGUUCGAAUUGCAAGACUUUCUUGGGCUUGUAUGAUCGCUCCAAUAAUUGUGUGAAGCCGAACCGGGAGUAUUGCCAAACAGAGGAGACGGUCAUAAAGGAGUCAGAUUUGCGAACGUCGGGGGGCGAUGAUAAAGAGCGGCAAGGUUGCCUGUGUUAAUGGCCGACAUUUGUUUAUGAUAAAUUCUGUAUGAAAUAUUUUUUGUUAUAUUUUAUA